UUAGCCAGAGGUCUGUCCUUCCUCUCCCCAGUGGCUGGGCUCACCAUGUUCCCCUCUCUCAUGGCCCUGGUGUGCUUUGGACUGUGUAUGGGCAUGAGGAUCAGAGUUGAGGCAGGAUUCCUCCCUAGACCCUCCCUCUGGGCUGAGCCAGGGUCUUUGAUCCCCUAUGGGGAUCCAGUGACUCUCUGGUGCAGGGGGCCUCCUGGAGCACAUGGGUAUCGUCUGUGGAAAAAAGGAAGCUCUUACUCCAAAAGUAUGCAUAGAACCGAGAGACAGGCCAAGUUCCACAUCUCUUCUGUGACCAAGGACGCUGCAGGGAGUUAUUACUGCUUCUACCACAACCAGUUUCACUGGUCAGAAAGCAGCGAGCGGCUGACACUGGUGGUGACAGGCCUAUUCAGCAAACCUUCCCUCUCAGCUCUGCCCAGCCCUGAGCUGGCCUCAGGACAAGAAGCAACCCUCUGCUGUCAGUCAGACUACAGGUUUGACAAUUUCGUUCUGAUUAAGGAGGAAGGGGCCAAUAGCCCCCAGUACUGGGAAAGUGAAGGCCAUGCAGAUUUCCCCAUCCCUGCUGAGACCGCUGCUUACCGAUGCUACAGCUUUCACAGUCAGCUUCCCUUCCUCUGGACAGCCCCCAGUGACCUGCUGGAGCUCAGGGUCACAGAGGCAGGCUCCCAGGAUUACACCACAGAAAAUCUCAUCCGCCUCAGCCUGGCUGCCCUGCUCCUCCUCAUCCUGGUAUUCUUCCUGGCUGAGGCUUGGCACAGCUGGAGGAGGCACUGAGAAGUAGCCCAGGAAGCCCUGGUCUGAGCACUGGGUUCAAAUGAGGCAGUAAGAGCGGUUCCACUGAGUACCUCCAGUUGGGUACCCCUAGAACAGCAAUAAGACAUGACUUGUCGUCCACAUCUUAUCCGCUCUACUCAAGUCCCUUGCUCCUGCUCCUUUCCAAACCCCAACCUUGGAGGACUCUCACCAUCUACACCCUCACCUUUGAGCCGGAAAAAAUCAUGAAACUGCUGACUCAGUCCAGAACAUGGGUUUUUUCUUAGGGUUAUCUCUGUGGUUGCCUCUGUCAAGGAAUCUUGUGUAAUCCUAACAUAUUCAUGAGAUAUGUUUUAAAAAGUAACCAACAACAGAGUGCAAAUCUUGCGUCCUCUAAACUUUUCAGACAUUUG